AUGCAGGCAGGAAAUCAGCCGAGACAGCUCACGACGCCAUAUCCAGAAGUUGGCCCACCAUGCAUCUCUGGAGACAUUAAAAGCCACGCGAUUGGACAGUAUUGCACUAUCUGCAAAGGAAUGAAGAUGCCCUGGGGCAGUUUUAUGCCAAUUUCUCGAUAUAAUAAAAUGCCAGUUUCCGUGGGGCGAAAAGGCACAAUCUUACAAGCCGUUCAAGUCGAUAGUGCUCAUGAGAUGAGUUUGGUGGCUAUGGCGACAUGGGCAAUUUUGGAAAACAAAUGGAAGGAGGCUGUCGAAAUUAAUCCUACGAUAGAACAAGGACGAAUAAAGGCUGCUGCCCAUGCCGUUGCAGAUAUCUCUUUUGCAGCCAUGGCGUCACCCGACUCUCUAGAUAGAGGCUUAGUAAGAUGGUGGAAUAUAUUGCACGAAGCUCUAUUGAAUCCGGAUUGGACAGUAGCCAGAUUCAAAGCACGAUAUCGCAGACCUAAAGUAGUGCCAGCAGCAUCUAAAAAUGAUUCGAGAGGCAAUGAACUAGUUACCUUACCCAUCGCAGAUGACGAUCCGGAGCAGGAAGAUGAUGACCUUGGUUAUGAUAACACUGACAACAUACCAAAGGGUAAAAAGCUUUUGUUCCUUAGUCGCGAUGGAGCCGAUGGAGACGAUGUAGACGACGAUAAUGAUGAUGAAUACGAGGAUGAAGUUGGGAGUUCCAAAACCAAACGCCAAAUGUCUCCUUGGCAGUUUGUCCCAGGACAGGACUUGAGGCCUGCUUGUUUGGCUACACCGGACACGUCAAAGUUUUUCAUGGUUCGUCAGCUUCGCAAGGACCCAGGCGUCAUAAACGUCAGAGAGUAUCCAAAUAUCGCUGGUUUUGAUUGGAGUGAUAAGCAAGCUAUCCAUGCCUUGAAUAGAGGAAGGAAUCAAAUCAUCCUGCGAACCAAUGGGCCAAAGACCGCGCCUCGAUUAGCUUGGUCGCAAGUUGAGAAGGAUCUCUUGAGACAUCAAGUAAUAAAAGGUCUCAAAAACGGAUACACAAAGCAUGAUAUGCCAUGGGAGCAAGUUGCUCACAACAUCAACGUCGACCUGGAAAAAGUCACACAAAAACAAGGCUCCGCACUUGCCAUACCAAGUAAAUGGAACGCCGGGACUCAACGAAUAGAUUACAAAACCAAAAGAUGCUGCGAGAUGAGAAAAGAUCGAACCGGUUCCGAUCGGAAUGCAUCUGGCUGUAUGAACCAGGCUGCCAAGUUUGGUGAUAUUGACUUAUUACUUCGAAACAGCAUAGAACACCCCAGCAAGCGCAAGUCUGUAGACGAGGUGCUUAAGAUAAUCCACGGUGCCCAUCAAGAUCCUCCUUCAAACAUCAGGGCCGGCACGACUGCUUGCGCCGCGCCCGAUACUGAAAUGCAAAUGGUGGAUAAGGGAGAGCAUUCAGGUGCUGAAUCUUCUUCCACACGAACCGAUAAGAUGCAGGUGGAUGGUUCUGAUGAAUCUUCGGAUAAUGAGCCUCUCAUGAAGCGUAGAAAAUCAGGCCAAGCUGAUGGCAAGAAACCCUCGGGUAAUGUCCAUCCUAUGACACGUAGGAACUCGGAGAAGAGUCAAUGA